AUGCCCACGAAAAAGAAAAAAACAAGACAGAGAGCGGAGGAUGAAACCAAAGAUGUGGAUGACAGGGACUCGGAGGAUCAGAAACCAAAGCUCAAGAAGAAGAGUAAGCAGGUGAGUGAGUCAGAGGAUGCUGAGAGAUUGAAGAAGAAGUUUAAAGACAGCGAUGAAGAAGGAUACAAUUCUGACACAUCAGGCCCUGAUGUGAGGAGGAACAAGAAAAAAGGGAAAAAUAAAGAAAAGGUCAAGAACAAGAAGAAAAAAGCCAAAGAGGAGAGCGGUGAUGAAUUGAGCAAUGCGUCCCAGGAUACAGAUAAUGAGGAUAACAACAAUGACUCCAAAAGUAAAAAGAGAGGUGGACAACUCCCUGAUGUGAUUCAGACAACUAAGAAAGGAACAAAGAAGUCCUCAGUGAAAGACAAAAUGGGAUCAAAGGACAAAAAGUCCAAGAAGGACUCAGAGAAAGAGGAAGAGCAGGCAGCUGGGGAUGAAGAGGAAGGGAAAAAGAAAAAGAAAGACAAGAAGAAGAAAGGAUCUGUGAAGGGGGAUAGCGAUGAAGACGCCAAGAAGACAAAAGGCAAGAAGAAGAAGGUUGAAAAUUAUGUUGAAAUCUACGAGAAGGAGCUCCAAAACUAUGAGCCAGAAAAGGUGGAGAACUAUGAAGAUGAGUAUCACAAAAAGAAAGUGUAUGAAGUGGUGACCAUCACUGGUGAUGAGAGAGGAGCAGGCACCGAUGCCAACGUGUUUGUCACUCUGUUCGGAGACUAUGGCAUCACUCCCAAAGUCCAUCUGGCGAGCAACACAGAGAAGAGGAGUCGCACUGCAUUUGAGAGGGCUAAAACUGAUGUGUUCAGGAUUAGAACUCACAAUGUUGGAUCUUUGAAGAAGAUACGGAUUGAGCACGAUAACACCGGCCUGAACCCCAGCUGGUUCCUGGACAGAGUGAUGAUUACAGAUGUGAUCAGGCCUCACCUGAGGUUCUACUUUGCUUGUAACAACUGGCUCAGUAAAGUGGAGGGAGACUGCCUUUAUGUCAGAGACCUGCUGGGCAGCAUGGACCCCAUGGAAAUGCCCAAAUAUAAUAAAUAUGUGGUGACGGUUUUUACUGCUGAUGUAAAAGGCAGUGGAACAGAUGCAGAUGUCUUCAUCAAUAUCUUUGGGGAGUUUGGAGACACAGGGGAAAGGCUACUUGACAACAAGAAAAAUAACUUUGAAAAAGGCACAGAGGACAAAUUCACCAUAGAAGCACCAAACUUGGGCAAAGUGAGAAAAGUCACUAUCGGCCACAAUAACAAAGGCUCCUCAGCAGGAUGGUUUGUGGAUAAGGUGAUUUUGGAUGAUCUGGGAAACAAAACAGUGUAUGAGUUUCCAGUCAGUCGGUGGUUUGCCAUCGAUGAGGAUGAUGGAAAAAUACAGAGGGACAUUUUGGUGGGAGGGAGCCAGCCCACAGGUAUUGUGUACAACGUCCAGAUUGUGACAGGGAACAUCCGAGGGGCCGGGACUAACUCCAAAAUCCACAUCGUGAUGCACGGCUCGAAAGGCAUGAAGAAUAGUGGCAAGGUGUUCCUGGAAGGAGGAAAGUUUGAGCGUGACCUGACAGACAUCUUCAAUGUUGAGAUCGCUGCGCUCCUCAGCCCACUCAGUAGGGUGACCAUCGGACACGACAAUGGAGGAGUCAGUGCUGGGUGGUAUUGUGAGAAGGUGGUGGUGUACUGUCCGUUCACAGGGAUUGAGCAGACCUUCCCGUGUAGUAAAUGGCUGGAUGAGAGGGAGGGAGAUGGGCUAAUAGAGCGAGAGCUCUACGAGAUGGUCUCACUCAGGCAGAAAAGACAGAAAAAGCACCCCUGGUCCUUGUGGAUCUGGACAUCAGAUCUGGCCAAUGCAGGAACCGACGCAGGUAUCUCCUUCCAGGUGUAUGGAGAGAAGGGCAAGUCGGACGAGAUCAGACUGGACAACAAAACAGAUAAUUUUGAACAGGGACAGGUGGACAGGUUCAUGGUUGAGCUGCCUGAUUUGGGAAAACUGACCAAACUCCGUAUCUGGCAUGAGAAGAGAAAUCCUUUCGCAGGAUGGCAUCUUAGUAAGGCAACUCUGAUGAAAACAUUAACAAAGGAGAAGUAUACAUUUCCCUGUGAGCGCUGGCUGGAUACGAAUGAAGACGACAAUGAGGUUGUGAGGGAGUUACCUGCCACCGGAGAACUAAUCACUGAGCCGCUGCCCUUGAUAAAGUACAGAGUGACUGUUUGCACUGGGACCAUGGGUGGCAGUGGCACAGAUGCCUCCGUUUUUCUCAAUCUGAUUGGAGACUCAGGGGACACCGGAGAUCGAGAGCUUGUCAACUGCAAAAACAACAUCAACAAGUUUGAGAAAGGAAACUUGGACGAGUUUAUAAUCGAGGCCGUAGCCAUCGGGCAGGUCCACAGGGUGAGGAUUGGACAUGACGGCAAAGGUGGAGGCUGCGGCUGGUUUCUUAAUAAAGUGAUUGUAAGAGAAGAGGGGCAGGCUGAGGCGAACGCUGUAGAAUUCCCCUGUAACAGAUGGCUGGACCGUAACGAGGAUGAUGGACAGAUUGUUAGAGAGUUGGUGCCAUUCUCAGAUGGGCAACGCCUUUACAAUGUUGAAUAUCACAUCGCAGUGAAGACAGGUGACAUCCCUGGCGGCAGUUCGGACUCCAACGUGUUUGUCAAGCUCUACGGGGAGAAAGGUGACACCAGUAAGAUGAUGCUGUUGGUCUCUGACAACAACCUGGGGAACUACUUUGAGACGGGCCGCAUUGACAUCUUCACAGUGGAAACCUUUGAAAUUGGACAGAUCAACCGAAUGAUGAUCGGCCACACCAAUGAAGGCAUGCGUGCCGGCUGGUUCUUGGACAGUGUUCAGAUCAUGGUUCCAGUCACUGGAAAGCACUACAUGUUCCCCAGUCACCGCUGGCUGUGCAAGGAUGAAGCUGACGGCAAGACAGAGGUGGAGAUUUACCCCAGUGAGAUCCUGGACAUGGAACAAUUAAUUAACUAUGAGAUUACAGUAGUGACUGGAGAUGUGACGUUUGCCGGCACAAACGCCAGAGUGUUCAUCCAGAUCUACGGUGACAAAGGGAAGACGGAGGUCAUCACACUCAAAAGCAGAUCCAACAACUUUGAGCGGAACACCACAGAAAUAUUCAAGAGAGAGGCCAAAGAUGUGGGAAAGGUCUUCAAGAUCCGCAUCGGUCAUGACAACUCAGGGAUCGGAGCUGGCUGGUUCCUGGAGACUGUUGAUGUCAAACAUCUAAUCAUGGCCCUGGUGCCCAAAGAGAAGAAAAAAGAGGACAAGAAAAAGAAGAAGAAAAAGAAGAAGGAUGAGGAAGAUGAAGACGAGGAGGGAGAGGAGAUGCAGGAAGUGGUGCUGACUUAUCAUUUCCCCUGUUCUCGCUGGCUGGCCCGGGGAGAGGAGGAUGGCGAGCUGGUGGUGGAGCUGCUGCCUGAGGAUGCAGAGGAACUGGAAGUGAACACCUAUGAAGUGAGUGUCUUCACUGGUGACAUGAUGGGUGCUGGGACCGACGCCAAUGUCUUCAUCAAUAUUUAUGGAGAAAACGGAGACACCGGAGAGCGCUACCUCAAGAGCUCUGACAACCUCAACAAAUUUGAGCGGGGGCAGGAGGAUGUUUUCACUGUGACAGCUAUUGAUUUGGGUCCUCUGAAGAAGCUUCGUAUCCGUCAUGACAAUACACAGUCUUACUCAUCGUGGUACCUGGAUCGUGUGGAGAUAGUGGACACACAGGAUGAUACAACGUAUUAUUUCCCUUGUAACCGCUGGCUGGCAGUGGACGAAGACGAUGGUCAGAUAGCGAGAGAACUGGUUCCUGUGGACGAAGCCUUCAUGAGGAAGGAUGAGGACGAGGAGGGGACCGGCGCCACUCUGGGGCUCGAGCAAAAAUCCAUGUCUACUACAUAUACUCUUAAAAUAAAAACUGGAGAAAAGAAGUAUGCUGGAACCGACGCAAACGUCUUUGCCAUCCUAUUUGGUGAAAAUGACGACACGGGAAUCGUCAACCUGAAGGCCUGUAAGAACUAUAAGAAUAAGUUCGAGCAGGGGAUGAUCAAUGAGUUCACUGUGGAGGCGGUGGACUUGGGCGAUCUGGAAAAGCUUCGAAUUGGCCACGACAACUCAGGGGGUUCACCUGGUUGGUUCUUGGACUGGGUCGAGAUCGAUGCCCCCUCACAGGGUCAAAGACUACGCUUCCCAUGCGGCCGCUGGCUGGACAAAGGAGAGGACGAUGGGGCAAUAGUGAGGGAUCUCUAUCCUGCUGAGUUACAGACUGAGUUCUACAUGCCAUUUGUGCCGUAUGAGAUAAAGAUAUACACCAGUGAUGUGUUUGCCGCUGGAACGGACGCCGAUGUGUUCAUAGUUUUGUACGGCCGGAAGGGAGUCUGCACGCAGCAGAAACACCUGUGUGUCAACAAGAGAGAGAGACGGCUGUACUUUGAGAGGGGAGCUGAGGACAUGUUUAUUGUGGAGUUGGAAGAUGUCGGUGACAUUAUAGAGAAGAUCAGGAUAGGACAUGACAACAGGGGCACCAACCCAGGAUGGCACCUCGACAGGGUGGAGAUCAGACGCCAGCUCAGGAAAGGAAAGGGUUCAGAGACAACCAUUUUCCCGUGUGAGUGCUGGCUCGCCAAAUCUGAAGACGAUGGGGAGACAGUGAGGGAGCUGGUCCCCUCUGACAUCAUCACAGAGAAACUGCUCAGGGAUGGGACGCUGAAGAGGACCGAAACAGAGGUGGAGGACGCUUUGGAAACUCACUCAUACCAGGUGUCUGUGCGGACAGGUGAUAUGUAUGGAGCAGGAACUGAUGCCAACGUCUUUCUCACCAUCUACGGAGACCUGGGAGACACUGGAGAGCGCAAACUCGCCAAAUCUGAGAACAACAAGAACAAAUUUGAGAGAGGAGAGGUGGACAAGUUCACCAUCGAGGCUGUGGACCUGGGCCAAGUGUUCAAGAUACACAUUCGUCACGACAACUCCAUGACAGGAGCCGACUGGUACCUCGACCAGGUGGAGGUGCUGGAUGUGGAAGCAGAGGAGGUGUACAUGUUCCUGUGUGAGCGCUGGCUGUCGACAAAGAAAGAGGACAAACGCUUAGCGAGGACCUUCUUUGUCAAGGGCUACGAGGGUGAAAGAAACACUGACCCAAAUUCCAAGAAGAUUGCUCAGGCCAAACUGGGGCUGGAUAGAAAUGCCAACAAGAAGAAAAAGAAGAAAAAGGUGGCAGUGGUGGAAGAAGGUCCAAUCAUCCCCUAUCACUUCACUUUGUCAACGGGGAUUGACCAUGAUAGCAGCACCACAGCCAGGGUCUAUGUCAUCAUCAUUGGCCCCGGCGAAGUCGAGACAGAACGAUUAUGGUUGGACCCGCCAGAGGGAAAGAAAUCCUUCACAGCUGGCACCAUGGACCAUUUUGUGUGUUAUGGAACUGACGUAGGAGAGAUCAAGCGUGUGGAACUCGGCCAUAACGGUGUCACACCAGAGAGCUGCUGGUUGGUGGAUGAGCUGUCGGUUGCCGUGCCAACCAAAGGUAUCAAGUACAUCUUUCCAUGUAAGUGCUGGCUGGCUAAAGACAGGGGAGAUGGUCUGACUGCCAGACUGUUCAACGUGCUGGACUCCAGCACGAUCAACAUUAUCCGCAAAGUUGUUUAUUCAGCCACGGUUGUCACAGGUGACACUCAGUAUGCAGGCACUGAUACCAACAUUUUCCUGACGGUGUAUGGAGCCAAUGGGAGCACAGAGGAAAUGCUGCUGCCCAAAAAUGAAGACAGGUUUGAAAGAGGCCAAGAGGACACAUUCAGCCUGGAGAUAGAUGACAUUGCUCCUCUGAAGAAGAUCAGAGUUCGGAUUGAUGGCACUGGGAGUCGUCCAGAUUGGUUUCUGGACAGGAUCCUGAUGCGGAACCUGAUCACAGAGGAAGUGUAUGUUUUCACCUAUGAGAACUGGCUGUCCAAGACUAAAGGGCCAAAGAGGACCAAAGUGUGCGAGCUGGCAGCUGUGGUGGAUGAGGAGGAGAUGGUGGAGAACACGACUUACAUCAUCCAAGUCCAGACCAGUGAUGUCGGAUUUGCCGGCACUGACGCCAAUGUGUUUGUGAUGGUGUUCGGGGAGUACGGGGAUACUGGGACGCUGCCUCUGAAAGAGAGCACCAACCGGAACAAGUUUGAGCGUAAAAUGAAAGAUGUGUUCAGAUUCCCUGACAUGCUCAGUCUGGGCGAGCUGUCAAAAGUCAGAGUCUGGCAUGAUAACAAAGGCCCAGCUCCAGGUUGGCACUUGGAGUACAUUGAUGUGAAAGAUGAGGCCAUGGACCAGACCUUUAGGUUCCCCUGCGACCGCUGGUUGGCUAAAAGCGAAGACGACAGGCAGAUCAUGAGGGAGCUGGCCUGUGCCAACAACGAUUCAAUAGACCUCAGUGACAAAACCCAAUAUGAAAUUGCCACAACAACUGCUAACACAGACGAUGCUUCCACCACUGAAAACGCCUGGAUUGUGUUGGAAGGAAGGAAAGCCCGUUCCAAGGAGUUUGUUCUGGAGAAUAAGAAAAAUAAGUUCUUAUGUGGUGCCACUGGCACGUUCGAGUUUUCGUCCAAGCACGUGGGAGAGAUUGCCGGCAUCUGCCUCGGCCACAUAACGAAAGACGGCAAGAAGGUGAAGAAUGAAGCUUUCUGGCACAUCAUGGAGGUGGUGGUGACAGAGAAGGAGCUGGGAAACAAGUAUUUCUUCCACUGUAAUGCACAAAUCCCUCUGGCAGCCAAGAAGGACCAGUUCCUGACAUUUGAGUGCUACAAGUCCAUUGAGAGCUUUGCGAGCAAAGUCCGUAACCUGGUGCCUGUCAAGUAUGAGAUCAUCAUCAUCACCGGGGACGUCAAAGGGGCCGGUACAGACGCCAACGUUUUCAUCACCAUCUAUGGCGUCAACGGUGACUCAGGGAGGCGUCAUCUACGGCAGAAGUUCCGCAACCUUUUUGAACGUGGGCAAACGGACUGCUUUGUACUUGAGAUGCUGGACCUCGGGGAGCUGCUGAGGAUCAAAGUGGAGCACGACAACACCCGCUCCAACUGUGGGUGGUAUUUAGAGUGUGUUGAAGUGACCAACACAGCCAACUCAGUCACAACCAUCUUCCAGUGUGGGAAGUGGCUGGACACUCAAAAAGCCGACGGGCAGAUUCAGCGAGUGCUCUACCCGAGGUAUUAGGAGCAGGUCGUUGGAAACAAAGAGCGGGUGAGCAUUUCCUUUAGAGACUUUUUUGUCACCUCUUUUUUUACAGCAUGCUAGAUGAGCUUUGAGACCUGAAUGUAACUUUGUCAAGUUGAAAGGAGUUUUUUAAGUUUAUGCCAACUGUUUUGGUUGCCCCUCUUCUAAUUUCAUUAAAAAAAGCCAUUUGCUACCAACCUGUACGUGAGAAAAUUAACCUCCACAGGCCUGAAAAUUGUCUAAAAUAGAUAAUCCAACACAACAAACAUUUAGUCUUUAUUUCAUCUUCUUUUUCUGUUUCAUCUAUUAAGUGUUUUCAGAUCAUAAUGCACAUCAUGUUAUACUCUGCUUAGUGUCAAUCACCUGACACCCUCAGGAUGAAAAAGGAAGCCAGGAAACAGUCCCCAAAAAAACAUCAUGUCAUUUGUACUUGGAAUAUUUCUUUUUGUUGCUACUUUUGAGCAGUUUUCUUUUUUAAAUAUUUGUAUUUUAGAAAGCAUGCAUUGGAAAAUGGCUGAGAGAAAUGUAAACCAGACAGAUUAGCAUUAGUAAAUGUGCUUUAAUGACCCAAAAUUACACUGUUAUUCUGUAAUA